GCUCCAGAUAUCGGCUAGCUAGAGGGGUGAGCGAGGCAGGCUAGAUUCGUCGUUGUAUAGUGCCACCGAUAGUAGUUAAGUAAUGUGGAAGCUAAAGAUCGCAGAGGGGUGCGGCAACCCGCUGCUGCGCACCACCAACGAUCACACUGGCAGGCAGGUAUGGGAGUUCGACCCUGACGACUCCGUCGACGAGUCUCCAGCCGUGGAAGCCGCCCGCCGCGAGUUCUCCAGCCGCCGGAAUCAGACCAAGAACAGUUCUGACCUCGUCAUGCGCAUGCAGUUUGUAGGUCAUAUAACAAUUGUGUGCCUCCGACCUUACAUACCAUCCACGCAGAAAGAGUGUGCACCCCAUUGGGAAGGCUCGACGACGUUCUCCAAGUCUAACCGUCUCAAGAUGAACCUUCCUGCCAUCAAGCUGGAUGAGCGUGCAUUCGCCACGGAAGAGGAUGUCUUGAUAUCUUUGAAGAGGGCAAUCGGCCGCUAUUCCGCACUCCAGGCACAUGAUGGGCACUGGCCGGGAGAUUACGCAGGAACUCUGUUUCUCUUGCCUAGCUUGAUUGUAGCAUUGCAUGUGACUGAAUCACUCAAUACUGUGUUGUCAUCUGAACAUCAGAAAGAGAUGCGGAGAUAUCUCUACAAUCAUCAGAAUGAAGAUGGGGGCUGGGGACUGCACAUUGAGGGAACAAGCACAAUGUUCUGUUCUGUCAUGAACUACGUCGCUUUGAGAUUGCUUGGGGAAGGGCUGGAUUCGUGUGGAGCCAUGCUGCAAGCUAGGAGUUGGAUCUUGGACCAUGGGGGGGCAACUUUAACACCAUCUUGGGGGAAAUUCUUCCUUUCGGUCCUUGGGGUAUAUGAAUGGUCUGGCAACAACCCAUUGCCACCAGAAAUAUGGAUGAUGCCUUAUUUCUUGCCUAUUCAUCCAGGGCGCAUGUGGUGUAAUUGCCGCCUGGUAUAUUUGCCCAUGUCAUACCUAUAUGGAAAGAGGUUCGUGGGAGCUAUUACAUCAUCAGUUGUACUAGACUUGAGGAAAGAACUUUACAUUGUGCCAUACGAUGAGAUUGACUGGGACAAGGCUCGCAAUGGCUGUGCAAAGGAAGAUCUCUAUUAUCCUCAUUCACCGCUGCAGGAUGUGGUAUGGGCUACUCUGAAGAAAGUUGGCGAGCCACUUCUUAUGCACUGGCCUGGCAGCAAAUUGCGGCAGAGAGCUCUGGACGUUGUCAUGGAACAUAUCCGUUACGAGGAUGAAACAACUCAAUAUAUCUGCAUUGCUCCUCUGAACAAGAUGUUGAAUAUGAUUUGUCGCUGGGUAGAAGAUCCAAACUCAGAGGCAUUCAAGCUCCAUAUUGAAAGAGUCUACGAUUUCUUAUGGGUCGCUGAAGACGGCAUGAAAAUGAAGUCAUACAAUGGCAGCCAGUUGUGGGAUACGGCUUUAACAGUCCAGGCUAUUUUUGCUACCGGCCUCACAGAAGAGUUUGGCCCCACAAUUAAACUAGCCCAUGACUACAUCAAACGUUCCCAGAUUCGUGUUGACUGUCCUGGAGACCAGAGCAAGUGGUAUCGCCAUAUAUCCAAAGGUGGCUGGACGCACUCAACUGCUGACCAAGGGUGGCCUGUAUCAGAUUGUACUGCAGAAGCAUUGAAGGUUCUGUUGCUGUUAACUAAGGUUCCUCCUGAAUUGGCUGGUGAGCCUAUGGAAGCCAGCAGGCUUGAUGAUAGUGUCAACCUUCUGUUAUCUCUGAUGAAAUUACUCAUUACUCCUUUGCAGAACGAGGAUGGCAGUUUUGGUGCAUAUGAGCUGACAAGAUCUUAUGAGUGGCUUGAGUUGCUCAAUCCUUCUGAGAGCUUUGGGGGAAUAAUGAUCGAGUAUCCGUAUGUUGAGUGUACAUCAUCAGUAAUUCAGGGGCUGGUGUUAUUCAGAGAAACAUACCCUAAACACUGUCGCAGGGAAGAGAUAGACAACUGUAUCCGGAAGGCUGCAGAUUACACAGAGAGCAUCCAACGUGCCGAUGGAUCAUGGUACGGCUGUUGGGCUAUCUGUUUCACCUAUGGUACAUGGUUUGGGGUGAGAGGAUUGAUUGCUGCCGGUAGGACUUACAAGAACAGCCAAUCAAUCAGAAAGGCGUGCGAAUUUUUGCUGUCCAAGGAGCUCCCAUCAGGAGGAUGGGGGGAAAGCUACCUCUCCAGUCAAGAUAAGGUUUACACCAAUCUUGAAGGCAACAAGGCUCAUGCAGUUAACACCAGUUGGGCCAUGUUGGCCCUGAUUGAUGCUGGACAGGGUAAAAGAGAUCCUGCAUGUCUGCAUAGAGCAGCCAAGGUUCUGAUCAACUUCCAAAUGGAGGAUGGAGAGUUCCCUCAGCAAGACAUCAUCGGAGCUACCAACCACAACCUCAUGCUCACUUACGCCCAGUUCAGGAACAUCUUUCCGAUCUGGGCUCUUGGAGAGUACCAUCGCAGAGUUCUGCAAGCACAAAAGGCAUAAUAGUGAUAUGCAAUUUGUGGACACCUUCUAGAUCGGCCUACAAUGGUAGAGACGGCUGGGUAUAUGUAAUACCACGCAUGUAACAUAUGAAUGUGUGGACUUAAAAGCACUAAUCGUGCAGUAAUUUGUUUGUAAUUAAUGUGUAUAAAUUCCAACCAUUUACGAAUGUGCGGCGGAGCUGGAGCUCAAGUCACCCCAA